AUGAACACUAUUGGUCCCCUCGAAUACGGUGGGUGUACCUCCUCACGCUGGCUGUCCAUCCCAGGCCUCAGGUGGGGGGCUGUUGACAUCGUAGUCACUACUCCUCAUCAUUUCGUAGCCGACUUGGAUCGAUGUGCUGAGACUGGUGGCUCGGUUAACCAGCUCCAUCCAGCUGCGGUCAUCUUUGACGAGGCCGACAUGAUAUUCCACGAGAUGAGGUCAUUGAUGGUGAUGGAGGCUGAUGCCCUUUAG